AACUCGAUACCAUUACUGCAGACGAAUGAGCCACUGCUAGCGAUAUUCUUAAAGCUCUCCUGUCUUUGUGAGCGAACAACGCAACACGACAUAAUGAAGCCCCCCGCUACGGACUACGACUCGGAUGACGAGGUCUUGAUCGACAACACAGAGGCUCUUACUCUUCGUUCCAAAAAGACAGAUCGCCAGAAGAAGAAGCUAGAGCGCAAAACCAAGAAAAAAGCAGCCAAGCCUCAUCUGCUGUCUCUCUACCCAGAGCUCAUCAUCGAGAUCCUGACACAUUUGCGACCCUCGGACGUCAUCUCAUACCAGCAGACAUGCCACUCAGCAAAUGCAUUUGUUGAGCAACACAACUCGUCUAUCGCAAGAUGCGUCAUAUCUUAUAGAUACUCUGUCCUUGCGCGAUGCUUCCCGAGACCCGUCUUCUUGGACACGGUUGACCGCAAAUAUCACGACGUCAUGUUGAGUGAGCGCCGCCAGAAGCUUCUUACCAUCCACAGAAAGCCAUAUUCGCACAUUGCAAACCACGAUGCUUCAAUCCUCUGCUCGUGCCUGACGUGCGUCUUGGCUUGGAAUAAUCUGUGUCUUAUUACCGACCUUUCACACUGGAUAAACUCGGCCAUCGCACACAGAAAACCUAUCCCAAUGAUCCCGCGUGGUCAGAACCCGGAAUGGAACGUGGAACUCGUCGAAAAGCACGCCAAUGUUGUCCGAAGGGCACUCAAGUCUCCAAUUUGGUACGCUCUCCUCCUGCAGCAGCAUCUGCAGUCCACUGUCUUUGGGAUUCGACGGUACACGUCCAAGGAUGGAGAGGCGGGCUUUGGCCUCGAUGAUGACGAUGUUGCGGCUGAGACUGACGCCUUUUGUGCCCGAGAUGGGCCUCCGAGCUACGAGUUUCCACUACAUCGUGAUACGUAUUAUUCGCUGCAGACGUAUCUGCCAAAUCGGAUCUGGAAAAAAGAAGAGGACGAGUGGCGGUAUCAGCCGGCAGACCAGCACUUUAAGGACCUGGAGUGGAUGAUGGCAAUGCAAAAUAAAUGGACUACACCUGUGGCGGAGGCAAAAGCAGAGGAAGAAGAAGUGAAACAAGAGCAGCCAGUCAGUCAAGAAGUGACCAACAUUGAAUAG